CAGAAAGCUGAUAGUACUUGUCAGCUACAUCGAUGUGUACAAAAACUGAGCUAUGUGUUUCGGGGUUAGUAAGAUUUAGUUUAGUGUAUAUUCAAUCUCUGUGUUGUGCAGUGAGAUAGAAUAAAUCCAAGUACAUAUCUCUGGAAGUCGAAUAUACAGUUACAUUGCAAUUAUCUCCAUUACCCAACAUCGAAGGAAAAUAUGUCAAUUUAAACUUUAAUUGAUAUCCAGUUUAUAGCUCAUCGCAAUUUGUUAAACCAUUAAACGAAAUAGUUUUUAUUUUCAAAUUUAAAGUAGAUUUUGGUAAUUUUUAAGAUAAAAGUAAGUUCAAGUAAAUAUUACAGGAAAAUUGAAGGAGGCGAGAAGGUAAUUAAAAAAAAAUGUUGGGAGCUUUACUGUUUGGAUUUCACGUAGUUUCCUUCGCCCAAUUUGCCUUUUCAGUUUAUUACGACUUCACUUUCACCAUAGUUCCAAAAGAUGUCAUUAGGAAUUUCAGCGCCUAUGGUGGCAAAUUCAAAUUUCUCACUUUUUGGGAUGCGAUAAUACAAGCUGUGUUUUUCCUGUUAUGUAUCCUUAACGACAUUUAUGGAACUAAUAAAGUCGCACCAAAAGAAACCCCAUUACUUCGACGAAUUAAAGAUUAUUUUCACGCAACUUUUAGUUUCCCACUUGCGAUGUUUGUAGGGAUAACAUUCUGGGCAUUGAUGUUUAUUGAUCGAGAGUUGGUACUGCCUAAAGUUUUAGAUCCAUAUUUUCCAUGGUGGUUAAAUCACUUAAUGCAUACGAUGAUUAUGGUAUCAACUGUAUUCGAAAUGUUGAUGGCACCGCGACAAUAUCCGGAGAAAAAGUCCGGAUACAUUGGACUCUAUGCUCUAAUGCUCACAUAUCUUAUAUGGAUACACGUAGUUUAUUAUAAAAGUGGAGUCUGGGUAUAUCCAGUUAUGGAGAUACUAUCAUUCCCGCUACGAAUCCUAUUUUUCGUCACGUUAUUUGUGUUUGUUGGACUGCUUUACUACGUAGGAAAUUAUUUUGAUAAUCUUAUAUGGGCUCGGGAAAAAUCAAAGCAUUAUAAAAAAAGUGCUUCCAAGUCUAAGUAACAUCACCUAAUGUCACCAAAAGAGAGUAUCAUGGACAAUUAUAUCGUUAGUCAUAAAGAUAUUCUUCGAAAAAAUUUAAGUCUCACCAACAAUAUACAGAGGAAAUUUAAAUGAAGCUCUAACUUUAUUAUAUGGAUUCAUAAAAAUGUUCCAAUAAUGGAAAGUGGAGUUACUAAGAAUAUUUAGACAGUGAAAUUAAUUAAUAAUAAUAUGUUAAUGUUUAAUUGCGUUAGAAAUACUCUAUGAUGAUCAACUUCUUGAUCACAACCCCCUACCAUCACUUACGGUAUUGAUAUUUCAAUACCACAAGUGAUCACAGUUGUUAAAAAAAAAUCCAAUAAGGGUCUAAGUACAUAAAACAAUAUUACUUAAUUUUGCAUACGUUGUUAUAAAAAAACUUAGGGGAAAAUAACCUGAAUAUUCGAUAAAAGGUAAAAACGUUCUCUAAAUGAAAUACUUGUGAUGACCUAUAACUUAAUUAAAAUAUUGUAGUGCCUAAAUAUUCUGCCGGCUUACAAGGCAAUUUAGAGAUCUUAUAGAAUAAAUUUCGUUUUGUAAAGAGCUUUUGUACAAUUAUAGUAUAUUAUAAAAUUUAAAAAGAAAAAAAUGUAAAAUAAGUGUAUUAACAUAUUUUUUUUUUACUAGAAAAUGUAAAGAAAUAAAAUAAUAAAAACAAUAAUAUUUAAUUAAUA